AUGCGAGAAGUGGAAACAGGAUUCCUGUCUGGCAUAUGGGUUCAGUGCCAUCCCAGGAGAACGCCAGAAUGGCUCUCAGAAGAUGAACGCCGUGUUUUCAUGACUCCAGCGACCGGAUUCAUCGGUGUUUAUUUCCCUGCUCGACUUCUUCGUCAGCCCUCUGUUAAAAACGUCGCUUAUCUCGUUGCUACCAUCGGCCGACGGAAGUCAUUCCAUUUCACCUCUAGUAUCGAUGCAUGGGGUCUGAAUGGAUUGAUUGUGGGUACCCGUAAGUGCCUCGAGGUUGACACCCUUGAACCAAACCUGAAAGGACUUCCAUACGAUAUUAGAUACGCGGCCACCAUUUAUGGGCCUGGUUUCGUCAUCGGAGACUCCAAAACGGGUGCAGGAAAUCCGGACGAUUUCUUCGCUCGCCUGAUGGUUGUGUCGAUUCAGCUUGGAGCAUUUCCACAUUUGCCUCGGCAAAGAAUAGAAUACGUGACGGCGGACAAUGUCUGUGAUGCGAUGCUUCAUAUUGUUUUCAACAACGGAAAUCAGGGCCAUUCGUUCAGUCUUGUUGCUACCGACCCGUCGGUAAACCUGGAAAAGACGGUCGAGGUAAUUAAUGAUGCUGGGCAUCCUGUUGAUAGAAUCCCGUACUGGAACUGUGUGAAGAGACUCCACGCCCCUAUGAACGUAGAUAACCCGUUGAUGCCCUUGAUGCCUCUUUUGCAAGUGAAGGUCUGGGAUGCCCCAGAUAUCGGAUAUGUUCCCUUCAGUCCUGACCAACUGAACCAGUUCUUGGCUUCCUGGAAAGCGAAGGGCUUUUAUGGUGUUUGA